AUGGUUGAUGACGAAGCAUCUGCUAUCGAAGGCUAUUGCCGCGGCUUUGAUAAAGCUUGUGAAGAUUUAGGGCGUCGAAAGGCGCUCGCACCUUUUCUUGGAAAAGAGGUAGAUGACAAACUCGGUGAGUUUGUCCGUUCUCCUCGGCGGUUCCGGCAGGAACUCUCAAGAGCAAAUGCGUUUGUGGCAGGGAAGCUUCCAGGCAUUGUGAUAUAUGGGCAUAGUGAUGACUGCCCUUAUGCGAAGCGCUUUAAAGAAUAUCUAGAUAUCUUACAUGUGUAUGUUCAUGGGCCAGACGCUGAUCGUCUUGGUGAAGAGCUGGGGAAGAGCUUGUUGGAAGAACAAGGACGUACGCUGUUGGAAGAGAAUCGCGGACGACUUAUUCACGUGCGAUGUAUUCGCGGCGGGUUCCUGACGUUCGGAGGUCAUCCAGAGUGUAUUAUGACUGGCCACAUGAUUGUGUCGAUGCUGCCGGAAGUUCGUCUGGCGUCAGGGGUGAGGGAAAUUACCCCGUGGUCUUUUGAGACGUGGGAUCAUGCAGCGUUCGUCUUUACGUGGAAUCGACGGCAAGAGAAGCACAUUGUGCGGCGAUCUGAGUGGUAUGUGGCAGCACUUGGGGAAGUGUAA